AUGGAGAAUUUGCUUGUGGAUCAGCCGUAUCUCGUCAAACGACUGAGGGAAUUGCGUCGACUUGCCUGUAGUGCUUUUAAAGAAGUUUUCCAUGUAUGUCAAAAUCGCAUGUUUGAAGCCGAUGAGAUCAAUGCAUUUUUGGUGUACAUUAUUGUCCCACAAUGUAUAUUUCAUGAUGAUGGUUCUCCAGAAGUUCCCCUUAAUUUUCUGCGACUAUUUCUUUCAUGGACAUCGAUUCCAAAACUGUUCUACCUUUUACGUCUCCAAGUUCCAUCAACCAGCGGUACGGUGUCACACUCAGUGCUUUCAAUCGUAUGUAGCAUGCUCGCAUCGAAAAGUGUUAGCAAGUUGGUGAAAGAGAAAAUCAUUGAUGGUUUGCUCAGUUUGCUUACUUUGGCAGAUGAGGUUAUGUCUGGUCCAGUGGUAGAUAUCAACCUAGCUAAACUUCCGGAAAUUCCUGGUUUAAACAGUGGAACCUCUAUGGUUCUACCUGAAUUGCCGAAACUUUUAGUAUUUAUUUUUGACUCCUUACCUGUACAAGGUGAAAGUCGUAAACUCAAUACGAAACAUUUGGAAGUUUUGAACAGAAUAAGUGAGUUCAUUCGGGAUGAAGAAAUGAUUAGACGAUAUGUUUCAAUCCUACUAACAUUUUUGGAAUCAGGAAUUGUACGUUCCGAUGAUGCAGUUCAAUCUUCGCUUCUAACUGUUUUACGGAUGGUUACAGUAGCAACUGAUCCGACUCAAUUUUUAAAAAAUCUUACAAAUGUGCAGUCCUUAUUAAAGGAGCGUUCGCAUCGUGAAACUCUGCAAAAAAUUGAACAAGCUAUAGUAAUAAAACUGAUGGAAAACGAUAAAAGGAAAGCGGAAUUAUUGAGCUAUGUGGCAAGUUUAGAUGCAUGGGAUGGAAGACGAAUUGAUGAGCCUGAUUAUGAUAAACGACACUGCGCUUAUCUAAAUCUCCUUAAGGCUUUAACAACAGACGAAGUAAUUGAACCAAUAUUACUCUAUCUGAUAUUGCAUAACGAUUAUUAUGUUAUUGUUCAGGUGAAUGAUAUUUCAUUGCGUUCAGCUGCAACCAAAAAUUUUCACAGUAUAAUUGAAUACUUUGGAAAAUGUAAUAUGAAUGGACGUGAGAAACAAAAUGGAGUUGAUUCUCAUAUGUUACCUCUUAUUCUAAGGGGCUUACAUGAUGCAAAGGAGGUAAUACGCCAUGAUUUUGCUAAUCUGUUGGUUUCGAUGAUUAUAUAUUUCCCGACACACAAACAUCUUCGCCAUCUUGAAUCACUUAGGAAUACUGCAGAAGUUGAUUUAGACUUCUUCGAGAACGUUACUCAUAUGCAAAUUCAUCGGCGACAGCGUGCGUUUUACAAACUUGCUCAAAGUUUGCAGUCGGAGAAAAUCCGUAUUCCAAACGGAGUAUUGCUUCGUUUCCUGCUGCCCUUUUUGCAACCUUACAUGGUGAAUUUAUCUAGUAGUACAUCAGCCCUUAGCGAUGCUGCUCUAGCACUUUUUACGCAAAUAAUGCGUGGCGCACCGUGGAAAAAAUACUUUCCAAUGUUGGAUUUCUAUAUGAAGCGUUUGAAAAAAGAAAGUGUUAAUGUUAAUCACAAAGCAAUUAUAAGGAUCAUUGUUGCUCUCGUAGAUGCUUUUCACUUUAAUGUUUCCGAAGGAGAGCAGCAUGAAUCUGUUAUAAAAAAGAGAAGAACGAAUGACGAGUUAGAAAGUGAAAUAAAUGAUAAAUCUGAAGAUUGGACAGAAACUAGGAUUGAAGAUGGCACAGCUGAAGUGAACCCUAGUAAUACAUUGAAAGAGAGCACUUCAUCAAUACAUCAAAAGGUUGUCGGGUAUUUGAUACCACGACUAAAAGACUGCGCCACCAGUAAAGACUUAGUAUCUCAUCGAAAAGCCCAGUCCGGGAAAUAUUAUAAAGAAGAUGAUGACAUACAGAGGGCUCCUGUUGCGUUGGCUACCAUCAAGCUACUUCAGAAAAUGCCGCAAAAAAUUAUGGACUAUAAUUUGCCUGGUGUGAUAAUCAAGGUCUGCUCUUUGUUGAUGUCACGAUCAACUAGUGUACGGGAAGCGGCGGGUAAGACUGUUAUCGAAAUUGCUAAAAUAUUGGGUCCUAAAUAUAUUCGUUUCAUAAUACGAGAAAUGAAGCAGACCAUGAGAAAAGGUUAUCAGCUUCAUGUGAUGAUUUUCUAUGUGCACAAGCUAUUGUCAGCUAUGGAGGAGCAGCUUUGUACUGGUGACUUAGACUCAUGUCUAAUGGAUAUCAUCGAUAUUUGCACCAUGGAUUUAUUUGGCGAUACAGCUGAAGAAAAGACUAUAUCUGGCAUUACCAAAGAUGUACCGGAAGCAAAAAUACAACGAGCAUAUGAGACAUAUAGAUUACUUGGUCGAUAUAUAAGCUCUCAAUGUCUUGGCAGUGCGCUAGUAGUCUUGAAAAAGAUCAUAGAAUCUGCACCAGAUGCAAAAACAGUGCGAAAGGUAAGUCGUUUAUUGUGGCAGUAUUCAUUGGGAAUAUCGGCCAAUGAAGGAAUUAAACCUGAAGUUGCGUUGAUAUUUGCAUAUCAACUGUUAAACGAUCAAAUAAUAGAAAAUCUGGAGAACAGGACCGGUGUUCAACUAAAUGCGAAACAAGCAAAGGAAGGGAAACGUCCAGAAAGUUGUUUGGUAUUGGAAAAUGAACCCAACCGUGUAGGAGUGGUUGUUAAAGUGGCAACAAGGAGUAGAAUGCACAUUUUUGUUGAAUUUGGCCUCUCUGAGCUGUAUUUGAUAUUGAAAAAGAAGAGUUUUGAUGUGGAAUCCAAGGACGACAUUGCGCGAUUAGAUCCAUUUGUUGAUAUUAUUUUAAAAUGUCUAACUCUAAAAUAUGAUAAGAUCCUUGUUAAUUCUUUGCGUUGCUUCCUGAUAUUAUUGAGAUUCCCUCUUCCUUCACUGCGGUCGAUUAUGACUCAGUUCCUGAACCGUUUAUUCAUCCUGUUAGCUGAUUAUACAACUUCGAGUGCAACUGGCAAUACCCAAGAGUAUGUCCGAAAAUCUGCGGAAGUUUCUCAGCUAGUGUUUAAGGCUAUUACGCAAAUAAUAAAGGAUGCACCCUCUCUUGUGCUUACAUCGAAACGUUUACAAUUACUUCUAACCUAUGUUGAGACUGAUAUUAUUGAUAAUCAGAAGCAGGCAGUAGCAUUCCCACUUAUCAAAGCAGUGAUUAUCCGCAAGCUUCAAGAUCCAAAGAUCAUCGAAAUCAUUCAGUAUCUCGCAGAAACUGCUAUUAUAUCAGAAAUCUCGCAUAUUCGAGAGCAAUGCAGGCAGGUGAUUGCCAUAUUUGUUGGAAGCCACCCGCAAUGUAAAAAGCCGUCGAAAUAUGUUGAAUUCUUCCUGGAACAACUUGAUUAUCAGCACGAAGACGGCAGAAAAUCUGCAGUUGAAAUGCUGAACAUAUUUUUUGAGAAACUCACAAAAGAAAUUAAUGAUGAUUAUGCUUUAUUAGCGUUUGUAAAGCUAGCAGCCCGACUAAUGAACGAUGAAAGUGCAGAAUGUCGUCGGAUGAUUGUUUUGACUAUACAGAAGUUGGUAGUAUCUGUAUCAGAAUCUAAGCGAGAUGAUCUCUACUUAGCAACAAGGGAUUGGCUGGAAAGUAAAAAGGCUAGUUUAAUCGUGAUAACUGCUCAAAAACUAGAAGUAUACAUUUGUAUUGCCGUGCAAGCACUAGUAAUAUUUAGUAGGUUGGAAGGUAGAAAAUUUGAAAAUAUUCUCCGAGAAUUAUCACCUGAACUGUCGGAAAUCGUUCGUGCUGAUAUCUUAUAUUCAUAUGCUGAAGAAAGCAUUGGUACAAUUAUUGAUAGCCUGAAUUCGUUGAUAAGCGAGCACAAAAACCAAACGAUCCAGUUUGCUGAAGAAGGAUUGCUAGAUUCUAUAUUAAGAGAAAUGGGUCCUUUUGCGCGAUGUAGCAAAUCACCAACUGUUCAACUAUCUGCAGCUCGAUUUCUUGGCUCAUUAUUUUCCAUUCUGAAUAAAGAUUACAUGUUGUUACGAAGUGAUCCAUCUGUCCGAGAGUUCUUGCAGUGGACACUGGCGCAGAUGAAAACUUACCAACUAACCAACGAACUAGCUGAACAGGUAGCGAAGAACUUGGUAUACCUUUUUGAUGUAGUUGCUCAAUCAGAUAAUGAUCUUCGAUGGCUAUGUCACAGAUUGAGUGUGUUGUGUAAUUUUGAGUUAGUCAAGCUGCCAGCUGAAAAUAUUCGAAGAAUCAAUGUUUUUAAAGUGACAGCAGUCAUCGUCUUGAAAAUUGAUCCUAGCCGAAGCAAUAUUGUGAUACAAUCAUUAUUGCCUUCUCUCUGUCGUGAAAUGCAAGGCAAAUCAACACAAAGCACUGAAAUAUUGCAAAAGAUCGCAAUAGAAGUAGCGGAUACAAUAAAAGGAAGGAUUGGUGACGAAGAAUUUACAAAACAGGUAGCUGAAUGCAAUAAAUUGUUCGCCGCUAAACUCGAAGGAAGGAAACGAAGAAGAAAGGAAGAGGCUGUUUUGGACCCGAUUAGCGCGGCACGAAAGAAAAUUCGAAAAAAUAAAUUGAAACGAAAGGUGAAAAAAAGACGAACAGCUGAUUGA